UCCUUCCAUUAAACACUGUAAAAAGAGGAAGCACAACUUAUCAACUCUGAUGUAAACCAUAGACUGAUGUAAACACACUGCAACUUUCAAAAGUUGUGUCGCGCUGACCCACAAUAACAGAUUGUUGUCAGUUGUUUACUCUUAUUGUGACAAUGGAGAGGGGUGUAGGGACAGUUUGUGCCAUUAAAUCUUUAGGGUACCCGGGCGGCCGCUGCGUCACACGGUGUCAGUGUGAUGAACUUCCCUGUCCGCUGCUCACCUGGCUGACCGCAGAGCUGAGGGGUCUCUGUCCAGAGCUGCAAGACCCAGACAGGACAAGUGACGUCCUGCUGGUGGGAGAGUUGAGAACUUUACUGUCAAACAUGUCGUCUCCCCUCACUGCUCUGACCUCGGAGGUGCUCGGGCCGUCCAGCCUCAACAAAGUCACUGAGUUCCUUGUAUCAGAAUUGCAAGCAGCUCGAAUAAUGAAGCAUCAGGAAGAGAAUCCUGAGGAGAAGACAAGCGGAGAUGAGUCUGAAAAAGAGCAACGGGUUGAAGCUCACAGCCAUGAAGUCUCUGAGGUUUGUCAGGAAGAUGAAGAUGAUGUUGACAAAGACAGAAGGAAAGCGGAGAUGCAGGCAGAAUGGAUAUUACUGCUGCGCGCCCUCGACAUGGACGCCUCCUCCCAGUUUACAGAUGUGUUGAGUGACGUGGAGUCGAGACUUUCUCGUCUGCCAUGUGGAGACAUGACAACCCCGCUUCUUAACAGCAGCCUCAGCUCAGAGCAGUGGGUGGAAGUUAAAAAGAUCAAUCAGCUUCUGUCGGAGGACUAUCAAUGUCGGCGGCAAAUGAUGGUCAAACGCUUUCAGGUUACACUGGAGUCAUUUGCUUGGGGAGAAAAACAAAAGGAGCGCACAGAAGCGCUGGCCUCAGUGCCUCAUCUUUCAUCCCUCACCGGCUCCUCCAGAGUCUCCCCGUCUCUUCUGAUCGCUGCCAGACAGGAUCAGUCCCUCAAUGAGUCCAUCAAGGCUGGAAAGAGCACCCCUGUCUACAAGAUGUUGAUGGGCAGCGUACCAGACAGAGGAGGACGACCGGGGGAAAUUGAGGCACCGAUGCCAGAGUGGAGACAUCACAGAGCGAAAGGACACGGAACAGGACGAGGAGGUGGAAACAAUCAACGACGAAGAUUUCCAGAUAAAAAGAAGAAAGGGAAAAAAGAGUAGCAUAUCUUUUUCUUUUGCUUUUGCUUUACUUGACUUAACAUGAGUAACAAGUGAUCAUCUCUUAAUUUAGAUCAUGGUAUAAAAUAUGGCUCUGGAAUGCCACAAAUGAUAUAAUUUAAUAGGUAUAAAGGUAUUUUUUAGUUAGUGUACUGUACAUACCUGGCUGUGUACUUUUCUAUAAUAGCUUGUCAUUGCUAUAAUGUACUGGUAUAUAACCAGAUAUUUUUGUAAUAUUUCUGUUGAAGAAAAUUAUGCUUAAUUUGGGUUUUUUAUGUGUUGGCUUUGUACACUUAUAUAUAGGUUUGUUUACUAAAGAAUAAACCUAUAAAACACAAAAAUGUAUUGUUAUUUUGUGAUGUAAUGUGUAAAGUAGACAUUGCUUCUAUGCUUAA